GGAUGGAUACCAUGGUGCAACCCCUCCGCAACCCUGUGCUUACAAAACGGAUAUACUGUUUUGGGGGUGUGUUACAGUAGACUCCUGUAGACUAUUUAAACAUGAACAUGUGCUGUAGUUGGAGGACCAUUACUCCAAGCCAGCAACACUUACACACUUACACGUACCAACUACUACCAAACUUCAUCAAGCUGAACUACUUCAACCAGAAUAAACAUGCCUUCCUACGUGAUAACCGGUGCAUCUCGAGGACUCGGCUUCGAGUUCUUACGCCAGCUCUCUGAGGAUCCAGCAGCAGUUGUUAUUGGGCUUGUUCGUAAUAAAGACGCCACCGAGAAAAGGGUAUCUUCUGAGAUCGGACGCUCCAAUAUCCAUAUUCUCCAUGGAGAUUUGGAAGAUUAUAAAUCUCUGAAGAAAGCAGCGGAAGAUACUGCCAAGAUCACUGGAGGCAGCUUAGACUAUCUCAUCGCCAAUGGCGCUUUCAUUUCUGGAAAAUCGGGCUUCCUGACUUUUAACGACUUGGCCGACGAUCCUGAAGGUCUAGAGGAGGAUUUGCUCAAGUCCUUCAAGACUAAUGUAGUUGGAAAUAUCCACCUCUUCAACUACUUUUUGCCCCUGAUCCGGAAGGGAGAAGCCAAGAAAGUCAUUUCGAUCUCGACCGGUAUUGCCGACUACGACUUGGUGAGGGACAUUGAGCUUGAUACGUCCGGGGCAUACACUACGAGCAAGGCAGCUCUCAACCUCGCGGUCGUCGAGUACCAUGCCCAGUUUCACAACGAAGGGAUUCUAUUCUUCAGUAUAUCGCCUGGUGUUGUUGCGACGGAUGGACAAAAUGUCGCGACAGAUAAUAAGUCUGAAAAGGAGCUCGAAAACUCCCAAAAGAUGUUCGGCAAGUUCGCCAAAUAUGCACCUCACUUUAAGGGCCCAAUCACCCCUGAAGAGUCUGUCAAGCUCGUCAUGAAGGUUAUCUACAAUGCAAGCCUUGAGCGUGGAGAUGGAGGGUCAUUUGUCUCUCAUUUAGGCACCAGGCAAUGGCUUUAAAGGACAUCGUAGAUAGCUGAUGUAUAGGUUUAAGCACGGAGAGUAGCUAGCAUCUUCAGAAAGGUCUCGGAUAGAUGGAAUGAAAUUUAGGGACAUAUCCUCCUCUCCACUAA